AUGAAUUGGUUGGUAGGUUGGUUGGUUGGUUGGUUAGUAAUUGUGAUAUCAGUAAUUCCAUGCAAACAUCUUGUGAAGCCUCCUCCCUCCCUCCCUCUUUACUCCGUCUCAUGUGAUUGCCUUAAUGUCUUUCCAACCAAUGUAUCUAUCUAUAUCUCAACAGUCAACAACACCACCUGUACCUCCCUCCAUUGUGUGAUGAAAGACCUGUCGUUCCUUGGCCUCCACAACUCCCUUGGUUUGAAGAUGAACAAGGGGUUGAAGAACCUGUGCACGGGGGACACCUCCACCUCCACUCUGAAGCAGCAAAAGUCUCCUCCCAUGGCCGGGGGAAACAGCCAGCAGCAGGCGACACUGGAGGAGAUGAUCAUGCGGUUGGACUUGGAGGAGAAAAUGGCAGCAAGAGCAAAGCUACAGGAAGAGCAUAGGAUGUCGUGUGUCAACAGCUCAGACAUCUUACGGUGUGCCCGAAACGCACUGAAUCAGUACCCGAGGUUUUCUCUUGAUGGGAAGGACGCCAUGUAUCGAUCUUCCUUUCGAAACCCAACAUCCGUAGCAGUGGAUCUGAGAAGCUGUUUGCCUGCAAAAGUUGCAGGGGAGAGGGUCAUCUGGUGCACACCGGGUCCCGUGGGUCGCCUGAUGGGACUCGAUGCAAUGCCAAUUCCUGUAAGACUAAAGUUAAACCGCAGGAUCAACUCCUGUUGUAUUCUCAGGAACCACAAAAAUCUCCGCAAAACAUGUUUCCAUCACCAUCUUCCUCUUCCUCUUGGCCUUGCUUCUUCUUCCACCGCCGCCGGAUGCUCUGUCAUGAAGCCGAUGUAG